AUGCGUUUGGCCAGAAGAAAAUCUUUGCCCAGAUUACCGAAUAAUUUAAGGGAACUUGCCACACUAUUUGAUGACGGGCAACUUGAAAGAUUUAGUUGUUGUGAGGCAAAUUUUUUCAGAUGUUGUGUACUAGACACUGAUGGUAAAACAAACAUCAUAUUUGCUUGUACUCAACUUAUUCAUACUGUGUUACUUAACGAUGUAAAUGAAAUCGAUGCAGACGCCACCUUCAAAAUAAUCCCAGCUAAUAUGGGAUAUCAAUUAUUGGUUUUGCAUUUCAUGAUUCAAAAUUAUUCCAUACCUAUCAUUUAUGUUCUGAUGGAGAGUAAAACGAGAAGAUCGUAUGAAUGUGUCUUUCAAUUUGUAAAAAAUAAUUUACUACCUACAUUAAGACCAAGUAUAAUUAUAACAGAUUAUGAAAGUGCUUUGAGGGAUGUACUAUUAUCAGUUUUUCCUGGAGCCCAAUCUGUUGGGUGUUGGUUCCAUCACAACCAAGCUGUAUGGAGAAAAAUGAAAAAACUGGGUUAUUUAAACCAUAUCAAUAAUAAUGACAAUGCUCUAAAAGCUUUAAGACUAUUAAUGUGCCUUCCUCUAUUGCCCGCUCUUAACAUUGAAAAUAGUUUUUCAUUAAUAACAGCAUUUGCUCGAAACCAUGGAGUUCAUUUGGAACAACUAUUUCAGUAUUACCAAAGGUACUGGUUAAGAAAUGUUGGACCACACAUCAUAUCGGUUUAUGGAUUACCUCGGAGAACCAACAACAACGUUGAGAGUUUCCACAACUCUCUAAAAGUCAAAUUUGGCACCAACCAUCCAAGUUUAUGGAUAUUUUUAGAUCAUUUAACAAAUUUAAAUAAAAACUAUCACAUUAUUGUCAAUCAGCUGAACAAUAAUUUAAAUCCAACUAGGCAUUUAAGAUUCAAAUUUCUAGCUAAUUCUAUGCGAAUCAAAAAUGCGACCCAACAGCUAAAUUUAGGAUUGAUUUCCAGUUGGCAAUUUUUGCAGAGAUGUUCUUAUGUCACUGAAGGGUACGAUCAAAGACAAUGGAUUUGGGCUCUGCGCAACAAUGACGAGAUGUCCGAUGAAGGAUAG